UCGGAACGCGUCGCGUUUUCUACCUCCUCCUGUUCCUAUUCCAGUCAUAUCUUUUGUUGUUUUUUUAUUGUUGUUGUUAAUGUUUUCUGUUGUUCUUCGCGCGAGUGCUUCUCGUUGUGCGUACGUGAGGAUAUCAGCUGGACUCUGGUCAUCGUCCACCACCUGGACAACGCCAACCCAUAUCGAUUAUCUACCGGCGAUUUCCUAUGUAUUCAGCAAAGGGCAAACCACAACCACAGACAUCCAUUAUUGUGACCUUUCCGACCGUAACCUUAGGGAAGAGGAUGUAUUUUUAGACUCGCAUCCUAAAGCUACCACUUUGUAUAUUAAAUCAUUAAGGCAUUGGAAAUACGCCAUCGUAUUUGGAGAUGUGAGCCAAUCACGAGAGUGGCGCGAUGUGGGAAUCGCGGCAGUUAGGCCAUGA